AUGGAAGCACGCCAGGAAACUGGAUCUAGGACGGCUAAUCACCCGAUAGCAGAUAUCCUUAGACCAGAGUCAUCACGGCUGGUGGGCUGCUGGAAUGUUAGGACACUCUACCAGACCGGAAAGCUAGCACAAGUGUUGAAGAAGAUGGAGAGUUAUGGAAUCAGCUUGUUAGGAGUAAGUAAGGCGAGACGGACAGGCUUUGGAAAGAGACAGCUUGCAUCAGGACAAACCAUAGCCUUCUCAGUAAGAUCAGAUGACCAGCAUGAUCAAGGAGUAGCACUGAUUAUAGACCAAGAAGGACACAAAACCCUGAUAGAGUGGAAGCCUAUCAACGAAAGACUCAUGUCGGCAAGAUUCAACUCUGCAUAUGCUAAACUCACAACUGUAGUUUGCUAUGCAUCGACAGAAGUUGCGGAAGAUACAGAAAAAGACGCCUUCUACGACCAAUUACAAAAGGUCAUUUAA